CAUACUGAAUGUCUUUUUCAGAUAGCAGCAGCAGCGGCUAUGUUUCACUUCUUCCGAAAGCCUCCAGAAUCCAAAAAGCCCUCUGUACCGGAACCAGAAGCAGAUGGAUUUGUCCUCUUAGGAGACACAGCAAAUGAAAUGAAAUGUAAAACUUCUGAAGCAGAAGACAGCCCGUCUUUGGAGACCGGCAAAGAAGACACAUCCAGUGUGACUGUAGCAGGUCCCGAGACAGGAAAUGAAGCUGGCCAGACACUGGAGAACAACUCCCUAACAGCUGAGCUCCUGAGUGACGUGCCCUUCACCUUGGCUCCACAUGUGCUGGCCGUGCAGGGCACCAUCGGCGACCUUCCUGACCACUUACUCUCAUACGAUGUCGGCGACAACCUGUCCCGAUUCUGGUAUGAUUUCACUCUUGAAAAUUCAGUACUCUGUGAUUCAUAGUCUUUGUGUCUGUGCAUACCUUAACAGCUUGAAAAGAAAAAAAAAGUUUGCCUAUUUUAUUGAACCCUGUUUGAUGUUCCUUGUCAUUUCACCCUUGAAGGCCUGGAGGCAAGCCAGGAUCAUAAAAUAACAUCGUGUUCGUGGGUUUACUCUUCAGAAUAAAGUGAUUUUAUACAAAAAUUGAUAGCAACAAUUUAAUAAAGGGAACUCACUUUGGAAAAGAAUAAGAAUUCAGACUGCCUGUGUAGAUAGAAAAGUGAAGCUGUUGAGAUUGUAAGAGAGGCACAGAGUAUUUUUGCAGCCUCUGAAGACACAAGACAGAAAGAGAAACAAGGCUUUCCUCUGGAUACCAAGACUCCAAAAUCGGAGCUUAGAGGGAGUGUGAAGGUGCUUUUGGGAUUCAGAGGAAGUUGUGAUGUUACUCCCUUAACGGCUUCCACAAUGUUUGGGAAUGGGGUCAAAAGAAAGCUUCCAGUUAACAUAAUUUUUUCAGUGUCAGUUUAGACAAACUGAUAGGGAAAUUUGAAACUUCUCAUAAACAUCAUUGAUUAUCAUUUGCUAAUUCAAGAAUGCUGUGAAGGGGACACUGUGGUUUGCUUAGACAGACCCAUGUGGCCCUCUCCAAGCUCCUGAAGGACGGCUCUGUCCCUCCUUGUUCCCUUCACAUUCCCUCUGGGGAUUCUUGGACCAGUUUUCAAAGAGUUUUCCCCACUUCUGCCUCAGUUGGUUUGUCUUCCUUACCACAUAUGUUCCCAGUUUAUGAGAUCUGCAUUUCCUUUUGCCUCCUCUGCCUCCUAAUGAAAACAUCUCAUGAUGAUACGUAUCAUUGCUGAUAAGACUUGUUUAGGGAUUUGUUGGCUGCAGUACAGAUGGCGGUGUUUAACUGGUAAACAUACUCGGUUUCACUACUUUCCACUUAGAGUGUAGGCAGACACCCAAAUAUGACUUGUCCUUCUUGAAUAUCCAUUAUUUAUCCUAAAUAAAAUUAGGCAGGACUGCCAUUAGCCAAUGAACUACACAAGAUUUGGUAAAUAAUAACAGGAGACUUUCUAUGCCAUGAAAAAGUUGUCAUUUCUUUUAAUUAGUUAUAAUUUAUUGAUCCUGUGCCAAAGUUUUAAGUAUAUUUUUUUCACAAAGAGAGUAUCAGGAAAACUAAACACUGUGCAGAAAAGUACAAGAAUUAUUUUAUUUUUAAUGUGCUAUGCAUGUUCAUUUAGUAGGUGUGGUGUGGUCUUGAUAAAGAGGUCUGAGUUAUUUUAAGUUAAAGGAACAUUUGUACUGAUAAAAAUGUACUUCAUUUACAAUUAACAUUACCAUGUGAAGUUAAUGAUUUAAGUUAGGUCUUUACCUAGUUUUCAUAAAGCAUCUACAUAGGAAAUAUGCCUUAUUAUUGACACAAAUGUGAACAUUUUGUAGCACUUUUUGUGAAGGUACAAUCCUUUUCAACUAUCCAUGUUAAUGUAUUUUCAAAAUGUAAUGUAAAGAGGUAGUUUUUUUGUCUAAAAUAUGUGAAAAUUUAUAUAGUUAUGCAUUUCAUUUAUAUUUAUGUCUACCAUAUUAUAAAUGUGCUUAUAAAAACUGUUUGUCUACAAUUAUAUUUUAAGAAUGUGAAAUACAUGUUUAAAAUAAAUGUUUUGAUUGUUUUCAUAUCCACAAAA